CCUUGCACCACGUUUGCUGAAGUAUAUAUUGCUCGGCAUUCAUGGGGUAGGUAUCAGUAGCCUCUGAACCAAACUCAACAUGAACACUAAGGUCUUCAUCCUCCUCGGUCUGGCAGCCAUUGCCGCCGCAGACAGCUUCGAGUCCUACGAAUACAGACCACCACGGAGAUACUCCUCUGAGGAAUCCUACGAGUCCGGCGAAGCCAGAUACAACUUCCAAUGGGCUGUCGAUCACGAAGACUCCGGCAACAACUACGGACACCAGGAAGCCCGUGACGGCGAAGACACUCAGGGAUCCUACUACGUGCACCUCCCCGACGGCCGCCUGCAGACCGUCAAGUACUUCGUGGACGGCGACUCCGGCUACGUGGCUGAGGUCAACUACGAUGGCGAGGCUCGUUUCCCCGACUCCUACGAGUCCGCUUCCUUCGAGUCCCGCGAAUACAGGCCACGAUACUUCUACGACUCCAAUGAGUCCAAGUAAAGACGAAAUGAUGGAUGAAGCUGGCAUAGUAAUUUUUGUAAAAUAAACUAUUUAUGUAUUUAUGAAUAGAACUGCAACGUCAAUU